AAUUGUAGUUUCCCCCUGUUAAUGGUGAGGUAGGUACCCGGCACCGUCUCCUCUACUGGACUCCUACCAGUGCCCAGUUGUGCAGUGAAACUAAAGCGGGUACAAACCAUGAUGCGCUAACCUGCUCAAAAGAUUCUAGACUAUGUCGAUUUUAUAAUUAUUAUUAUAAAAAGUCAAAUUUAGCAAGUUUAUUUUGGUGUAAAGUGCUGCUUUGGAAGCUUGAAUGUCCUCCAGUUAAUCAUGAAUUCGUGAAGAUAACUGUUCAUUUAAUAAAAUGAAAAUCAUAUAUCUGUUGUCCACCAGCAGUGGACGAGGUUAAUAUUAAUAAUGAGCUCAGCAAUGGGGACAAAUAAAGUGUUUAUUUUGGAUAAAUAUUUUAAUGAACUGCAGAAAUUUUGGGAUACAGAAAAACGGUUACAAGAUGCAACUUCCAGUGGUGAGGCUGUGAAUCUUCAAACCAAGUUAAAAUCCCUUUCUUCGGAAUUGGUUACUCUAAGGAGUAGAUUACAUGUACCAGGAGAAGGCGAACAAGCCAAACUGUCUUUAGAAGAACCACCCCUUCCUUCUCCAGGGAGAGGAUACCUAGAUACUACUGCUGACAAUCCUCCACCUCCUCUCCAAUUUUACGACCAGCAAAGUUUACCAAGAAGUACAAAAUAUUUUGCUGGGGGUGUUAACGCUGGACUUCAAAAUUCCUUACACAACUCAUUCCGUGAUUUCUCCACCCUGCAAAGCGGUGGCACAAACAUGACUGGUAGCUUGCAGCACAACUAUUCUAAUAUUCAAACAGGGAUCUCGGCACCUUCAUCCAUAGUAUCAGCUGUGAGUAUUCCAAGCUUAUCCUCAUUUCCUCCGCCAGUGCCAUCCUCCUUACCUCCCUCGGAGGGAACUAUUCGAACAAUUGCCUCCGCUCCUCGGACUCCACCGUCUGAGAGACAAAGAAGAAGAGAAAAAUUUAUGAUAGACGAGAUGAAAAAGAGUCGACUGGCUGAUGUUGAUGAUUUGAUAAGACUUGAAGGACCUUUAACCGAGGACGCUGUUCUGAAAACCCUUCAAUCACGAUUUUAUAAUAGAAAAUACCAGACUAACAUUGGUCCCAUCUUGGUACAUGUGAAUCCUUACACAGACCUUAAGAACCCAAUAACCCUAAAUUCAACCUUGGAAGCCGCAAGGACCUCUCAACUUAGGAGGGUAGCAGAAGAAGCCAUAAGAAUUCAGGGAGACACAGGCUAUCCGCAAGCUAUCAUACUGUCAGGAGCAUGUGGGUCUGGCAAGACGUAUGCCAGCAUGGUUCUUUUGCGCCAGCUAUUUGAUUUAGCUGGCGGAGGUCCAGAAACCGAUGCCUUUAAGCAUUUAGCCGCAGCAUUCACAGUGCUACGAAGUUUGGGGAGUGCUAAAACAGCUGCUAAUAGAGAAUCCAGUCGAAUUGGUUACUUUAUCGAAGUUCAAGUGAGUGAAGGUGCGCUGUAUAGAACGAAGAUUCACUGUUACUUUUUGGACCAGAGUAGGGUUAUUCGUCCUCAACCUAUGGAGAAGAAUUAUCAUAUUUUCUAUCAACUUAUGGCUGGGUUAACGGGGCCAGAGAGACGUCAGCUCGGUUUAGCCGGAUAUACAAUUAGAGAUCUCAGAUACCUAAACUGUGGAGAUACAAGGACGGAUGAAGUUGAGGAUGCAGCAAGGUUUGAGGUCUGGAAGGGAACUCUAGGUAUCCUUGGUAUACCUUACAUGGAUGUGCUGAGGGUCCUUGCUACUAUACUUCUACUGGGCAAUAUAGAGUUUGUCGAAGGAGAAGGGUUAGAGGUCGAGAUAAUAGGCACAUCUGAGCUUGAAUCCGUGUCUGGUCUUCUUGGUAUAUCUCCUCAGCUCUUAAUCCAAGGAUUAACGACUAAAACUCAUAAUGUGAGGGGUCAGCUGGUCAAAUCUUCAUCUGAUGCAAAUAUGUCAAAUGCAACCCGGGACGCGUUAGCAAAAGCUUUGUACUGUCGAACAGUCGCAACAAUAGUCAAACGAGCGAAUAGUCUGAAGAAACCAAUGGGUUCAGGUUCUAUGAGUUCUAAUGAAUCAGUACAUCAUGAAGUGGCAUCAUUACAUGCCAGUACGGUUGGUACAGCAGGUUCUAAAAAAUCUAGCAAAAGUCUUGCAAUCCUCAACAAUGCACUCAGACAUGCAACAGACGGUUUUAUAGGUGUUUUAGAUAUGUUCGGUUUUGAGGAUAGUAAACCAAGCCAAUUGGAGCAGCUGUGUAUAAACCUAUGCUCUGAAACAAUGCAACAUUUCUUUAAUACACAUACAUUAAAAACAUCUAUAGAGACCUGUAAAGACGAAGGUAUAAGCUGUGACGUAGUGGUGGACUAUAAUGAUAAUGCACAUUGUAUUGAUCUCAUAUCUAGCCUGAGAACCGGUUUGCUCCGAAUGUUAGAUGUUGAAUGUUCUGUUCGAGGGUGUCCUGAAACUUAUGUACAGAAGCUUAAAGUACAACAUAAGGACAACACUAGAUUGUUUGAGCCACCUCUAUGUGAUGUGACAAGAACUUUUGGUAUUCAACAUUACACUGGGAAAGUAGUGUAUGAUGCUGCAGACUUUUUAGAUACCAAUCGUGAUGUAAUUCCUGACGAUCUCGUUUCAAUUUUUCACAAGCAAUCUUGCGCUUUCGGCUUUGUUACGCAUCUUUUUGGGACGGAGAUAAAAGCUCUCUACUCAGAAGAAAUAGUACCCCGAGGAAUCACCUUUAGGAUAUCUCCUACAUCAUACUCAGAGCUCCUGAACGGAGAUGAACCUGUUUCAACUCUGACCCAGGAUUUCCACACUAGGUUGGAUAAUCUUCUUCGAACCCUGGUUCAUGCGAAACCUCAUUUUGUUCGGUGUAUCCGACCCAACGAAACAGAGUCCAGUUCUGAGUUUAAGCGUGGGUUUGUGGUGGAGCAGGUCCGGAGUUUACAGAUUCUUGAAACCGUGAAUCUGAUGGCGGGCGGAUUUCCACACAGAAUGCGAUUCAAAAACUUUAAUUCACGGUAUAGAACCCUUGCUCCUAUUCGAACCCUCUCGAGAAGUGAUGAUCAAGCUUUAGAGGAUUGUCAGAGGAUUUUAGAUCACCUGAAAGUAUCUUUAAAGUCUUCCGAGCUCGGUGCUAUCUCCAAAGACUGGGCUCUUGGGAAAAAGCACAUUUUUCUUUCCGAGGGUGCACGUCAGCAUCUGGAAAAACUACGGACAGGGAAGCGUGCUCAAAGUGCGCGUCAAAUUCAAGCGAUUUGGCGAGGGUACUCUCUUAGAAAGAAAUGGCCGUCUAUGAGAUCCACCCUUCAAUCACAUCUGAUAGCUCAAAAAUCUUCUAAGACAUCACGUCCCCGUCCUCAGCCCAUAACGGGAACUCCUCCUCCGGAUGCCUCUCUAAAUGGACUUUUUCUUGUUAAUAGCAAGCAUCCUCUUGGUGAUAGAGGUUCACCUAACAUUUUAAAUUCCGGAGAUAGAUGUGAUUUCAAGACAAUCCAAAAAACCUGCUCACUCUUUGGAUUAGACUUGGAGAGACCUCCACCAGUACCACCCAGUAGAUCUUAUACGGUCCGAGGGAACAGUAAGAUUGCCUAUCCACAAGCUAGAUUUAUGAGACAAUCCUAUCCAGAUGAGAAAACCGGAGAUACAAUUUUAUUGAAAGGAGAACAGGUUCUGGUGAUCGGAGCAUCAACACGUCGAGGACAUUUAGUGGUGGAAAAAUAUAAAAAUGCAAUGCAUGUUCCUUUUCAAUACCUGGAACUGAACAACUUAGGAUAGAUGACCCUUCAUACUUUUUCUCUGACACAGAAGUAGGAAAUUAUUGUAACUCUAAAACUUAAAAAGUUACAGAAAAACUUCAGAUAAAAACUUUGAUGCAUAAAAGUGAUAUUGUUUCCUAUUUACAGUCAGGACCUAAUUUAAUUAUUUUUUAUAAUAUUUAAUUAUUUUUUGAUAAUAUUUAAUUAUUUUUGGAAGUAUUUUCCGCUCGAGUUAUUUUUCCCACAGGUUUUGCCAUAUUUAUAAUUGUUAUUGAUGAACUAGUCAGCACUGAAGAAAUGUUUUCUAGACCCAGUGCUUAUCAAAUAAAUUCAUAGGACUUUUGUAAGCCCUAUGCAAGUGUAAACUAGCAGAUGCAAUAUAUGUUAUUGUAGUUUUAUAUGAUGGUUAGUUAAUUGUAAAUGUUAUAUUUGCAGUUCUACAAAACUAAAUUGAAACUUCGUUAUUGUUAACGUUAUUUAACAGAUGAGGGUUAAAAUCAUCCAAUGAGCAAGUUACAAAAUCCUGCAAAUAAAAAUUUCUAUUCGCGUA